AUGUCUACUAACAGCUCUCAUGAUAUUGAUAGAGAGAUAACCGAAUUAGAAGGCCUAAUUAAAAAGUUACAAACUGAAAUAGUUGAGAUGACAAAGUCUGCUAACAAACCACUACCUAACUUUGAUGCUCAUUUUUUAACUGAGAACGAUGAUGAUGAUGAUGAUGACGAGGAGAACGGUAGUAACAAAAAGGAAGCAAACCACAUACCAGUUAAAAAAGAUGACGAGAAGGAAAAAAGGAGAAGUUUCAAACUUUCGAAAGGUCCACACAAUCCUGAUGUCUUUCCGAUAAUAAUAAAAAAUGAUAGUGUGUUAGAAGCACAGGCAAAAAUGUUUGCAGAAAAUAUGGCUAAUUUAAUAAAAAUUUCCGAUCCAGAUAUUGACACUUUAGACGACGUAAGACGAAAUUUUUCUAUGCUGUGGGAUGAUGAAGACGUUACAGAAGACAUAUCGUCCAUUAAUGACAGUCCACCGAAACCUUUAAAUGAUCCUUCUUUUAAACCAUCAGAUAAUCCUAAAACUCAGUUAAUAAAAAAUGUUUUUAUAGAGUCCUUUGAUACUUUGAAUAUUAACACACAAGAAGAGCUUAAUGUUAAUUUUCCAAUAGACCUAAAAGACAAGGUAGACAAAGUUUAUAAAACGACUGAUGAUAACACACAAACAAAAUUGAAGGAUCCUGAUUGUAUAGAAUUUAAUGGAAAUACGGCAAUAGUUUCAGAUAAGCGAAAUCGUAAUUCCACUAUAAUUAUGCAAGCUAAAACUUCUGGUAAUCCGCUUAAAGAUAAUACCAAAAACGUUCACAUCGAAAAAGAUUCCGGGGCCAUAGCUGUAUCAAUUAUGGAUAAACCUACAGAAAUAAUAACACAAAAAGAUAAACCUUCAAUAAAUAAAACCAGUGAUGAUAACACACAAACCAAAUUAAACGAUCCUGAUUCUACAGAAUUUAAUAGAAAAGUUUCAAUGGCUUCAGCAAAUCGAAAUCGUAAUUCUACAAUAAUCAUGCAAGCUAAUACUUCUGGCAAUCCGGUUCAAGGUAAUACUAAAAAGGUAUAUAAGGAAAAAGAUACCGGGACCACAUCUGUAUCGGUAACUGAUAAGCCCACGGAAAUGAAAACAGAACCACUUCCAAAAACAGUUAUUACAGAUAUAAAAAAUGCAAUGCAAAAUAUACUUUCUUCUAGCAGUGAGAAUACAUCUAUUUCAAGUGAUACAAACAAACAUCCCUCUUUAGCUGAAAAAUUAGCUGCAAAAAGCGAAAGUUAUAGUAUAAUUAAAACUUUACGAAGAAUUGUUGGCAAAGACAGUGCAAAAUCCAUUCAUAGAGAGGAAAAGAAUAGUCAAGACCAAAACUGUUCAACAGGUGAAAGAAAAAGUAGCAUAAUAAUAAAAGAUAAUCAUAAAAAGGACACAAAUAAUAUUGUAACUGGUUUGGCUCAAAGCAUCUUACCCAAACUAGGUAAGGAAGAGAACCUUGGUAAAGAAAUGCAGCAAGCUUCUAGUUCAUCAGUCGAAAAAAAUAAAGAAGAUACUACUGUGAUUACUCAUCCAAAAAGAAAUUACGAAAUCGUGCCUAUUAAUGUAAGCCCAGUUGAAGAACAGGAGCCCUCAGCUCCAAGUGCCAACAGCAACGAACUCGCAAACUUCAUCAAUAAUAGCAAUUUGCAAACAUUAGUAUCUGUCAACACUAAAGGUACAAGCGCGAUGCCGAAGGAGCUGGAAAAUAUGAUGAAUCCUGUUCAGGAGUCGAAUACGGACGUUGAUAACACUAUAAGUAGUACUCAUAAAACAAUCCCUGACGCUUUUAGCCAAAAUGUUAUUAUUGAAGAUGCAAAAACUGUUUUAAGAAAUACCACUAGUGCGGCAGGAAAAAAAUCUGGAGCCGUGGAAAAUCCUGUUGUAAUAACUGAUGGGCUAGCUGAAGGAGAUAUCCACAAUAAAUGUGAAUCCGUGGGCAAUGACGAUGAUACCUUUGAUGACGAAGAUGAUAGCGAUGAUGAUGACGUCGAGGAAGGUGACAGCAACAACCCGUAUGAUGUAGACUAG